GUCAGCAAGUGGCGCAGGAAAAUGGGGGAACCAUCAAACGGGUCCACAUCACAUACACAGAACAAGGUUGGCGUUAUGACGAGGUAAACCCGGGCCAGGGCAACUGAUCCGUCUCCCGUGCACGUGGAGUCCGUCAACACCAGAAACCCGUCUGCGGGGGUUUGCGUUUGAACAUCUGCGGGUGAAAUCCGGUCCGGACGUGGGAGGCUGCAACAUGGUUCCUGUGGAAGUGUUUACAUGCCGCUCCUCUCAAUGUUUGCGACGUUUGGUAUGAUGGCAGACUGUCUUGCUGCUGAUCUGACAGCAUGGGGCUCAGGAAUAAGGAAUCAGGCAAGGGUCAGAGCCACAGGUGGGUGAUCUUUGUGGCCACCUUCAUCCUGAUGACACUCCUCAUCCUCUACGGCUCCAACAGCGAAAUCAUCUACCCUCCCUUCCACUUGAUGAUAACGCAUAAAAACACCGACCUCAAGAAGUGGACCGGGAAAGACGGUUAUGCGCCGGUUUAUGGGAAUAAAAGUAUGACCCUACGCUGCCGUAACUGUGCUCUGGUAACGAGCUCCAGCCACAUCCUGGGUACUGGAGCGGGGGACGAGAUCGACCAGGCGGAGUGUGUGAUUCGCAUGAACGAUGCUCCCACGUUGGGGUACGGGUCUGACGUUGGGAACCGGACCACUCUGAGGGUCGUAGCCCACGCUAGCGUGUUCAGGGUGGUCCAAAGGCCUAACGAGUUUCUACGCCAAACGGACAGCAACUCUACCAUCAUCUUCUGGGGACCCCCGAAUAAAAUAGGGAAGGACGCUAGGGGAACAUUGUACAGGUUGAUCCAGAGGGUCAGCAUGACCUACAGCAACAUGUCUUUUUUCAGUAUCAUUCCCAUCAAGAUGCACAAAUUUGAUCAUCUGUUCCAGACAGAGACGGGACGAGAUAGACAAAAAUCCCACUCAUGGUUGAGCACAGGUUGGUUCACAAUGGUCAUAGCCAUCGAGAUAUGCGAUAACAUCAAAGUUUACGGGAUGGUUCCUCCCAAUCACUGUGGAAAAAAAUCAUCUGGACUCAAGAAGAUGCCGUACCACUACUACAAACCAAGAGGCUCUGAUGAAUGUCUCAUGUACAUCCAGAAUGAGAGCGGCCGAAGAGGAAACCACCAUCGCUUUAUUACGGAGAAAAAAGUUUUUGCACGCUGGGCAAAGCAGUACAACAUCACUUUCAAUUACCCGUCAUGGUGAGAGGGUAAAAAGACUAUUUUCUGGACUGACGAGCACAUUUAUCCUCUUCUUUGUGUAAAAAAAAAAAAAAAAAAAAAAGCACAUGCUUUGGCUGCAUGCUUGAAAGCACAUGCUGGAAUGUUUUCUGUUGCACAAGAGUUUUUGAAAUAGUGCACACAGGGCCCCAUUGUAGGAGCUGUUUAUUGUAUAUAGAAAACACUUUUAAAAAGUGUUUUUUACAUCUUUAUAUUUGUAUUGUGUAUGAAAUGCAGUAAGUUUCACAAGCCGGAGGGGGAUUAUAUCAGCAAGCACAUGGAAUCAGAUAUUAAGUGGUCUAUGAAGUGGUUUUUACUGCGAUCAUAUUCUACAGUCGCUGCAGCCGUAGCCAACUAAUCAAUAAUCCAGCUUCCAAGCAGUUUAGGGAGGGCCUUAUGAAACAGGAUAGCAGUCUCAAUGGUGGAGUUAGGUAGGCAGCUUUGUAAUACUAGAAACAAUUUGAAGACUACAUGUGCUUUGCUUCAUCCACCUGCAAAAUUAAAAUGCAAACAAAUCUAAAUCUCCAAUUAUAAUGAUCUUAAUUAGGAACCAGUCGGUCAACUAGUGCUGCAUCAUCUUUUUAUCUUUGUGCUGCAGAUGCAUCGUUUAAAAAUAAUUAAUAGCAAAAAUAUGGUUUCAUUGUGCCACUUUUAAAAUUGGAUAUUGAACCCCUUGACCGCAGUUUAAACCCCAGUUUAUGAAGCUUGAAUCUUACCCAGAAUGCAUCCAGGAAACAUUAUUUAUUAGCAUUUCAAAAGUUCUGCCACAGCAGAAGAUUGUAUUUUUGAUGGUGUUGGAUUUAACAACUCGUUAAACAUCAAGACAUAAUUGCGGAGAACAUCUAUACAUGGGAAAAGCUCUCAUAACUGUUUAAUCAUCUUAACUGGCAACCAGGACAAACUAUUUGAAAACGUGUCAAAAAUGCACAGGAAGAGAGUGAAGGAUCAAGAAGAGUAUUAGUCUAUAUUACCAGUUAAAUCUAAGAUAUUGAAGUGACUGUAUAUAGCAACACCACUUCUGUCUACAUGGAGGAAUCUAGAUCUGCUGUGUUGACAGGAGUCACUGACAAUGUUGUGUUUAUGCGAAGGGGCGGGGCCACGUAUUGUUAUCGUUCGGGGUCUCUGGAAAGCACAGAGACAACUUUAAUUGAAUUAUAACACUUUGUAUCACUAGAGGUGGACUUAGUUGUGUUUUGUCCCAGGUGUUGACACAUUAACUUUCUAAAAAUGCACUUCCCCGUGUGGUCAGAAGUGGAAUUGCUACAUAGCGUGCCUUUAACAGCUUGGAACAGUGAUAUAAGAUUUGCCUUUUGUUUUUCCUCAUUUCUUUAAACAUUAAACCAAGAAACUCUGUGCAAUAUCUGACACAGGAAAUGGGAGCUCAAAUGACACCGUUCAGAAUUAUACAGUUGAUUCCACAUUUGCCGGUACGAGAAAAUAACCUCCGAAAAUAUUUCCAAGAACACAAGCGAGCAACAUAUUUGGCAAGUGAAUGUGAUUGCAUUAUGAAGACACUGAAAACAAUAAUUCAUACUAACCAAGAACUAUUGUCGUGUACCACUAAUGUAAUUAGUCGUGUACACUUUACCUUAAUUUACCUUAAUGCAGAGAUGUUUGGACUAUAAAGCUCAGAAAACUGAAACUUCAAUCUUGUUUCCAUGUUGUCUUUGUUUUUUCAGCUUUUCAUUAAACAUUCAGUACAAUUUUAUCCCAAAAAAACAACAAACUAUUUAUGUGGUUAAAGACAGAAAGUUGGCAUAAGCAUGUGCAACUAUUUAAAUAUGUACAAUUCAUGGAUCAAUUUAGAAAAAGUCUGAAUUAAAACUGGGUAACACGAACAAUGUAUAAGUCAGAUAGUUGAUUGUAUUGCGUUUAUUUGUUCAUGAAUUACUGGAAACACCUGGAAAAGCAGCUGCGAUCUUUUGUCUCAGUCCUGCCAUGGAAAUUAGGAUGGCCUCCUGUUGUAAACAGAAAUAAAAUCAUGAAAUCAAA